AUGGCUCCCUCUCUGGCCAACGUAGAGAUUCUCCCGGCCCAACCUCAACUUCAUGUUUCGCCUGCUCGUUCUCCCUCCGCCAACUCCCUCGACGACUUGAAGGACGACAAGGUCGACGCAUACGGCAAGAGCGAGACAACAUACGACAAGAGCGAAACAACCUCUCUCUCGUCCCGCGCUCCUCUCGCCCCUCGCGCCGAUAUCGCCUCUCACAGCGCAGGCGCCGCGAUCCUGCGUCUCCUCGGCGUGCGGAAGCGUUCAGCUUUCGACGACCCUGACGCUGUUGCGACCCAGGAAAGCGUCUACGACGGCCCGCUGGCGGCGGCGUACGCUCCGAGCGACGAGUGGGAGAAUAAAGCCGCCUUCGACCCGUCGUUCCGCUGGACCAACCGCGAGGAGAAGGCGCUCAAGCGGAAGCUUGACAUCAAGAUUUUCCUAUGGGUCGCCAUCAUGUUCCUGGCGCUCGACAUCGACCGUGCAAAUUUGGCCAACGCCACGGCCGACAACCUGCUCAAGGACCUCGGCUUGACCCACGGCGACUACAACCUCGGCAACACCCUCUCGAAGCUCGGUUUCCUCAUUGCCGAGCUGCCCUCGCAGAUGAUCGGCAAGAAGAUUGGCGUCGACAUCUGGCUUCCGACUCAAAUCGUCGUCUUCUCGAUCCUGUCCUUUGCACAGUUCUGGAUGAACGGACGCACCUCAUUCCUCGCGCUGCGGUUCCUCAUCGCAGCAGGACAAGGAGGGUUCGUCCCCGAUGUCAUCCUCUACCUCAGCUACUUCUACACCAAGAGCGAACUCGUCACCCGCUUGUCCUGGUGGUAUACUAUCAAUUUCAGCAGCAAUACAUUGACCGCCUUCCUCGCGGUCGGGCUGCUCAAGAUGCGCGGAGUCGGCGGAUACGCAGGGUGGCGCUGGAUGUUCCUCAUCGAGGGCCUCCUGACGCUGCUCGUCGGAAUCGCCUCUUUCUUCCUCCUCACGCCCGGUCCGUCGCAGACGAAGGCGAAGUGGCGUCCGAACGGCUACUUCACCGACCGCGAAGUCAAGAUCAUCGUCAACAAGGUCUUGCGAGACGACCCGACGAAGGCCAGCAUGCACAACCGGCAAGCACUCACACCGAAGCUUCUCUGGAAGUCAGCUUGCGACUAUGAUCUUUGGCCGCUUUACUUGCUCGGCCUCACGUUUGGUAUCCCAGGCAACCCGAUCAGCUACUACUUCCAGAUCUCGAUGAAGUCGCUCGGAUUCUCGACGGUCAUGGCGAACGUCCUCGCCGUGCCAAACACCAUCAUCUCGAUCGUUACGCUUCUCCUUCUCGCCAUCGCGUCAGAGCUCACGAACAAUCGCUGGGCCAUCUGCGCGAUCCAGAACGUCUGGUUCGUUGCCUGCCUCAUCCCUUUGCGCGUGCUGCCCGACCCGAUCAGCCCUUGGACGUACUUUGCGCUCGCAACGGUUCUUCUCGGCUCGCCCUACGCGCACUCGGUUCAAGUGACCUGGUGCUCGAGGCUGGCCGGCAGUGUUCGCACUCGCACCUUCUCCGCGUCGCUGUACAACAUGGCAGUGCAGACCUCGGCAAUCAUUGGCGCGAACAUCUACCAAGCGGAUGACGCUCCUCGCUACAAGCGCGGGAAUACCAUUCUGCUCGCCAUCGCUGCCUGGAACUUGGUCGUUAUGUAUCCCGGCAUCUUCCUCUACUACCGCGCCCGCAACGCACACAAGGAGCGGAAGUGGAACGCCAUGUCGGUCGAGGAGCAGAAGCAGUAUCUCGAGACGACGACCGACGAAGGUUGCAAGCGCCUAGACUUCCGCUUUGUCUACUAG